CUUUCAACCCGGACAUGUGUACGUGUGGUGUGGAGGGAAAAAUUGCAGAAACCGAUCAAAUUCCAGAGAGAGAACCGUACAAAAAAAAUCAUCGCCUAAAUCACGUAUACUGCGUUUUCAUUUUCUUUCUAGCCAAACAGUAACAAAAAGCAAGAAAAUACGGUAAAGAAAACCAGCGAUGGGAGUUCCACAAACCAUGGCGACUCUGAGCGAGAGAGCAGCAUCUAUAAGAGAGUCGCUUCAGAAGAGCCAGACGAUAACCGAUAGCAUGGUUGCCAUUCUCGGCUCCUUUGACCACCGCCUCUCUGCUCUAGAAACCGCCAUGCGUCCCACUCAGAUAAGAACGCAUUCGAUGCGGAGGGCGCAUGAGAAUAUUGAUAAGACGAUUAAAGCAGCAGAGUCUAUACUGGCGCAAUUUGAACUCACUCGCAAGGCAGAGGCUAAAAUACUGAGAGGGCCACAUGAGGAUCUUGAGAGCUACCUUGAAGCAAUUGCCCAGAUGAGAAGCAUUGUUCGCUUCUUUAGUGGCAACAAAAAUUUUAAAGGCAGUGAUGGUGUUCUUAAUCAUACUAGUAACUUGCUUUUAAAAGCUAUGUCAAAGCUGGAAGAUGAGUUCAGACAGCUUUUAACAAAUUACAGCAAGCCCGUGGAACCUGAUCGUCUUUUUGAUUGUCUUCCCAACUCUCUAAGGCCAUCAUCGACAUCAACUGGGCAUAAAAGUGAUGCCAGUGGCAAGGGUCACUCUGAUCACCAAAACAAACGUUUAGAAGCUGUAGUAUAUGCACCACUAAAUCUUAUCCCACCCAGGGUUCUGCCAUUGCUGCAUGAUUUGGCUCACCAAAUUAUUCUGGCUGGCAGUCCACAACAGCUACUAAGAACUUACAGGGACACUCGAGCACCAGCUUUGGAACUGACUCUUAAAAAACUGGGUGUGGAGAGACUUGGUAAAGAAGACAUCCAGAAAAUGCAAUGGGAGGUUUUGGAGGCAAAGAUUGGAAAUUGGAUACACUACAUGCGGAUAACUGUCAAACUGCUUUUUUCUGGCGAAAGGAAAAUCUGCGAUCAAAUUUUUGAGGGUGUCGAUUCUAUUAGAGAUCAAUGUUUUGCUGAAGUUACUGCAAAUAGUGUGGCUAUGCUCCUCAGUUUUGGAGAGGCUAUUGCCAGAAGCAAGAGGUCUCCUGAAAAAUUAUUUGUUCUUUUGGACAUGUAUGAAAUAAUGAGAGAACUUCAGUCAGAGAUUGAAACACUCUUUGGAAGUAAAGCAUGCUUUGAAAUGCGUGAAUCAGCGUUGAAUUUAACAAAACGGCUAGCCCAGACAGCCCAGGAAACAUUCGGAGAUUUUGAAGAAGCAGUUGAGAAAGAUGCCACAAAAACGGCUGUUCUUGAUGGAACCGUUCAUCCUUUGACCAGCUAUGUGAUCAAUUACGUAAAGUUCCUAUUUGAUUACCAGUCAACACUGAAGCAACUUUUUCAAGAGUUCAAUCAUGGUGAUCCGGAAGAACAGUUAGCAACUGUGACUACAAAUAUUAUGAUGGCUCUCCAAAAUAAUCUGGAUGGCAAAUCAAAGCAGUAUAAAGAACCUGCACUGACUCAGUUAUUUUUGAUGAACAACGUUCACUACAUAGUGAGAUCUGUGCGGAGGUCAGAAGCAAAGGAUGUGCUGGGAGAUGACUGGGUGCAGAUACACCGAAGGAUAGUGCAGCAGCAUGCAAAUCAAUAUAAGAGGGUUUCUUGGGCAAAGAUUCUGCAAUGCAUCACCGUUCAGGGCGUUAACUCCUCUGGCGGCUUGACUGGAAGUGGCGAAGGCAGUGGUAACUCGAGUGGACUUUCAAGGGCAAUGGUGAAGGAACGGUUCAAGACCUUCAACAUCCAGUUUGAGGAGCUUCAUCAAAGGCAAUCCCAGUGGACGGUUCCAGACAGUGAGUUGCGAGAGUCUCUCAGGCUGGCUGUUGCUGAAGUUCUCUUGCCUGCAUACAGAUCUUUUGCCAAGCGUUUCAGGCCUAUGAUUGAGAACGGAAAAAAUCCUCAAAAGUACAUUAGGUACACACCGGAGGAUAUUGAGAGAAUGCUGAACGAGUUCUUUGAAGGCAAGACCUGGAAUGAGCAAAAGCGAUGAUUUUUUUGGCUGCUAGUGCCACUACACCUGUUUUUAACACUUUACCUUUUUUAUUACAGAAUUGUUACAUACGAGCACGAGGUAAAAAUAAAAGCCAUUUUUAUGUGCAUAGA